GGCGCGAUGGAUGUUGCAAGGUGCUGCUUCUGCUGCGAGUUGCUAGGCUGGCAUAUGCAGUAACCUCCACAAUGGCUGGUGUUUUAAUGGGAGUAGGGGCAGGAGUUUUUAUUCUGGCUAUUGUAUGGGUUUUAUCAUUGCUGAUAUGCAUGCUGCUAUCUCGUUCAGGAGGUGUGAUCAGCUGGCUUUCGAUUAUAUUGGUUUUCUUCCUUGCAUUGAUGAUCACCUUGAUCCUCAUCUUCUUUCCCCGAGCCAAAGAAACACCUGAGUCAGUGACUGAAGAUGUGAUUUAUGACAGUUUCUUCAUUGGCCGCUAUUGUCUGUUGUGUAUACUAAUUGUGACGCUCCUGACAGGCUUGAUUCUACUGUUUCCCCAUUAUAUUGUGGAGCACGUGGAAGCUAAGCUCCUUCGGAACUGAGAAGUGAUCUGGAACCCCUGUAAUUUGUAUCUGUAUGUGUUAAAGAAACAGCUACUUGUUAAAACAUUCUUAAAGGUGCAUUUUUAUGAAAGAAACAUGAGGUGUGACCAUUGUAAUAUUUGGGAGGGAACGGUCAACCUAAAAUAACAUAAGAAUGAGUUAAACUUUACACUUUCAAAGAAAAAUCCCUAAAAUCGCUGAUUGCAUUUAUUUUCCUUGGAUCUGGGAAAGGAGUCAAAACUAAUCUUAUCAGUUCAUGGAAUGUGAGUGUCGCUGGUUGAGCCAGCAUUUAUGUCAUCCCUAAUUGCUCAGGUGAAAGUGUUGGUAAGCUGAUUUUUUUGAAUGGCUGCAGUCAUUGAUAAAGCAACAGUUUGGAGAGAGACUGGGGCAUCAAUAUGCAGAAAGUAACUCGCAAAAUCAUAGAAGUUAACAUUAUUGAAUAAGGCGCAUCAACCUUGUGUCAGUGAGUUAGGGAAUGAUACAACAGUUCAGUUUCACCAUCACCUUGUAGGCCAGUGCAUGAAGAGCAGGUCAUUUGGAGAAAAAGGCUACCAUUACUGAGCAGUCUGUGGUUUAGCAGAGAGAAGGAGAGACCACUGAGAAAAGGUGAAUAAUUCUGCAUUCAAGCAAGGGGUGAGGCAGGAUAUUAUUAAGGUGGAGAAGGUUCAAAAGAGAUUUACCAGGAGGUUGCUGAAUAUGGAAGGUUUGAGUUAUAAAGAAAGGCUGGAUAGGCUGGGGCUUUUUUUCAUUGAGGCAUAGGAAGUUGAGAGGUGACUUAAUAGAGGUUUAUAAUAAUGCAGGGUACAGACAGGUAGGUGUACUUUCCCUAGGGAAGGAGAUUUCAAGACCGGGUGCAGAAUUUAAAAUGAGACGAGAGAGAUUUAAAAAUAACGAGAAAAUUUUUCACACAAAGGGUCAUUCACAUGUGGAAUGAACUUCCUGAGGAAGUGGUGUAUAUGGGUACAGUUACACCAUUUAAAAAGCAUUUGGAUAAGUACAUGAAUAAGGAAGGUUUGGAGGGAUAUGGGCCAGGAGCAGGCAGAUGGGACUCAUUUAGUUUGGGAUUAUGUUCGGCAUGGACUGGUUGGACCAAAGGGUCUGUUUUUGUGCUGUAUGACUGUGAGGGAGUCCUUCAUUGUCAGUUUAUGGAAAAUCCACAUUUCAAAUAUGCACCUCAAAUAACGUGUGAGUUAUUGCUCACAAAUAGCAGAACCUGAGAGACACCAUGUCCAGAUAUUGUUUCAGCCUGUGUUCUCACAGUCAGAACUCAUUCUCCUUGGAGACCUCAUCAGUGAAUCUUCAAUAAGAUUGAGUACUAUAUGCAGUCAUGGGCUCCACUCAGAAUCCAAGAUAUUGAGGCAUUAGAAAUUCACUAAGAUGCUGCCAACCAAUUGAAAAACAAAUAAGAAGUGAGAUUGAAAAAAUAAGAAUUAAUCUUGUUAGCCCAAAUGAGAAUUUAUGGUGUUGGAAGCAGAAUGUGGCAUAAGUGUUUAAAGUUAUAACAGACCAACAAUUACAAAUGGAUCAAGCAGAUUUUGUAUUUAUAUUAUGCAGUUGUUUUUUAUUUGUAUUUUAGAAACUUAUAUUUUGUACCUAAUUUCUUUUGAAUUAAAAUCUUGCUCUAUAAAUAGUUUUUUUUUAGCUGGAGAAUACAGGCAUGGCUAUAUAUUCUACUGUCUUUUAAUUAAUAAAAUAAAACUUGUGCUAAGAUUCCA